AUGUAUCAAGUUAGCAAGUAUGGCAGAUCCUAUAGAAAUGGAAAAGCUGUAGAAGGUGACCUUAGGCGGCUUGUUAUUGAUAGGUGUCUAGCUGCUGGAGGCGAUAGGAUUUCGGGGUUUCUUUCAACCUCGUUUACUGCUAUCGCACACGAGUUGAAACUAAGUCCAAACACAGUUUCAAAAAUUUGGCGACGGUUUUGCGAAAGUAAUUCAGAAGAUCCCAUUCAACGCGGUGGAGAUUUUAGCAGCAAAUUGACACCAGGAGAUCUAGAAUUAAUCGAGACUCUUACGAAGAUACGAGGGUCGAUUUCCCUACGAGAACUUUACUCCGUUUUGGAUGAACUUGGUGACGUUGGAGGCGACAUUUCUCUAUCUUCAAUUUCGCGAGCAAUAAAAAGAAAACUUUUGUCAGGGCAUAGUUACUCCGAAAACUUGUUUGUUAAUUAUCUCUCAUCGAAAGAUCCAAAAAAAAUCAAGUUUUUCGAUGAAUCAGGAGUGAAAACCCCAGACAUUGGCACUCGUCGUUACGGCCACGCGCCUUUAGGACAACGAUGCGUCGAAGUAAUUAGAAAAAUGGAAUCCCCAAACAUUACUUUAAACUUACUCGUAUCAUUAGAUGGACCGAUGUACUUUAAUUUGGUUGAGGGCCCAACAAAUACUAUUCAGUUUCUUAAUUUCUUUGCGGAAGCUUCCGAAGCUACUAACUUGAUGUCGGAACGUCCCGCCAUUGAAGUUGGAGAUAUCAUUGUUAUGGACAAUUUGGGAAUUCAUCAUUAUGACGGCGGUCGUAUUUUGGAGGAAUAUCUUGAAGAAAUGGGAGUGGAGCUCAUAUUCACCCCCACUUACUCCCCUGACCUAAAUCCUGUUGAACUAUGUUUCGCUAAGGUAAAAACGAAAUUGAACGGAGAAUUUUCCGAUACUGUACAUGAAAACCUUAAACUUGCCGUCAUGGAUGCUGUUGAAACAAUAACCCCAACAGACAUGGUGGGUUACUACCAGGCUACUUCGUACAUGUUCCCACAAUGA